AUGCCCCUGGCUAUCUACAAAAGGCUAGGCAUUGGAAGAGCUAGACCCAUGUCUAUGUUACUACAGCUCGCUGAGCGAACAGUGAAGAGGCCCCCUAGGAUUCUAGAUGAUAUAUUGGUACAGGUUGGGAAGUUUGUGUUCCCAGCAAAUUUUGUCAUCCUUGACUGUCGGGUUGAUGAGGAAAUUCUCAUAAUUUUGGGAAGACCAUUCUUGGCCACUGGGAGAGCUUUAAUUGACUGUGAAACUGGAGAGCUUAAGAUGAGAUUAAACGAUGAAGAGAUAACAUUCAACGUGCAGAAAUCUAUGCGGAGACCAAGUGAAUUUGCUAAUUGCUCUCUAAUAGAUGCGGUGGAUGUAGUUUUGGAGGAGGAAGAUGAGGCAUUAAACAUUAAAGACCCUCUAGCAGCCUGUCUCAUGAACUUAGAUGAAGCUAAUGGUGAAGAUUUAGCAGAAUGGGUACUUGCUCUUGAAGGACAAGGCAGAACAGCUUUUGCAGGUUUGAAGGUAAUUGUGUAUACUGAUCAUGCUGCUCUCAGAAAGGGAACGGAGAACCAAGUAGAUGAUCAUUUGUCUAGGCUGGAAAGAGCUGAAAAGAAGGUUGAGGUAGAAGAGAUUCUGGAAACUUUUCCAGAUGAACAACUACUAGCCACGGGUCUCGAGGAAACGCCACGGUAUGCAGACAAUGCAAACUACCUGGCGAGCGAUAUUGUUCCUUAUGACAUGUCCUCUGUUCAAAACAAAAAGUUUUUUCGUGAUUGUCGCAUUUAUUAUUGGGAUGAGCCUUAUCUGUUCAGGAUUUGUGUUGAUAACAUGGUCCGGAGAUGUAUCCCUAAGAUAGACCAGUCUUCUAUUUUGCAGGCAUAUCAUGCGUCACCAUAUGGUGGGCACUUCGGGGGAGUAAGGACAGCUGUGAAAGUCUUGGAGUCGGAGUUCUACUAG